CCUUGCGAAAAAGCUUUUCUUUUUUGGUUUAAACCCUUUGGGAUUGGGACUUCUUUCUUCUACCCCGGUAUCUAUCUAAGCCUCACCUUACAAUUAAUCACUUUCUCUGUGUUAUAUAUCCCACCUUGAAGUUCAGUUUCUGAGGCAUGACGGCUUCUUCUCUCUUUGAAACCUUGAAAGCUAUUGCCAGAGCUCUAAUGGCUAGCUCUCUUACUUUACCUGCAGAUCUUCUGCAACAACACUUUGCAUAACUUCUCUACUUAGGCCUCUCUCUCUCUCAUUAGUUUCUUGGAUCUCAACAUCAACUAGACAUUGAAACAUUGUGAGGGAUAUAUUAUGGAUGAUUUUUACAGGCUAAACCCUAUGAAUAUAAUAUCAAGCUCAUCGGAGAAUGUGAAUCAGGUUCAAAAUGAUACUAGGACUACUGCUACUUGUGGUGGUGCUGGUUAUCAUGGUGGUCCGUUAAUACUAAGUGACGGUAACCUCAACCUCAACAUGCUCCAAUUUGAAACGGAUCAGAGUAUGAACCAGCUGAUUAAGACCCAGAUAGCCAAUCACCCUCGUUACCCAGAUUUGGUUUCUGCUUACAUAGAUUGCCAAAAGGUUGGAGCUCCACCAGAGAUGAAAAGCCUACUUGAAGAAAUAGGGCGGCUAAGCCUCCCCAUAAGCACUUGCAGGAGUGAGAUAGGAGCUGAUCCAGAACUAGAUGAGUUCAUGGACUCAUACUGUGGGAUUCUUCAUACAUACAAGGAAGAGCUUUCUAAACCGGUUGUUGAAGCCACCGCAUUCUUGAGCAACAUUGAAUUGCAGCUUAGCAACCUCUGCAAAGGCACAUUUCAGAAACCCAACUCGGACUAUCAUUCAACUGAUGAAGCAGUUGGAAGUUCAGAAGAGGACUUAAGUUAUGGGGAGGUGGAAGCAGCCGAGGGCCAAGAAAUCUCAGCGUUUCGUGCUUGUGAUAGGGAGCUUAAAGAUAUGCUGCUGCAUAAGUACAGUGGCUACCUCAGCAAGCUGAAGAAGGACUUCUUAAAGACAAGAAAGAAAGGAAAGCUUCCGAAGGAUGCUAGGUCUGCACUAUUGGACUGGUGGAACACUCACUAUAGAUGGCCAUAUCCUACGGAAGAGGAGAAAAUGCAACUAUCUGUGGCAACUGGUCUGGACCAAAGGCAGAUAAACAAUUGGUUCAUAAACCAAAGGAAGAGGCACUGGAAGCCAUCUGAAGACAUGAAGUUCGCUCUCAUGGAGAAUGUUAGUGGUAGCAUCAAUGGCGAAGGAGGACCCAGUAUGCUAUUUGACACUGGAUUCGGAAAUGAUGAUAUGAUGUGAUCGAUCCAUGCAUUUGGGAAAUAAUGAGCAGCAGGUUGAAUGAUGUGAAAUCAUCAUAUCAUCACUCAAUAACCAUUAGUAUUAGUUUUUGAUUAUCAGCUUGCCUAGCUCUAAUUUUAGUGAUUUCUUUCAUCUUUGUUAUGUGAAUCUCGCAACUAAUUAAUGUUAGUAAGCUAGCUUGUACAUUCUGAUUCUAUAGCCUUGGAUGACCUUAAGAACAAGGGUGAGGUUAUUUCCACCCUAAUAUAUAUAUUAUUCACCCA